AUGUUUAACAGAAGAAGUCGCGCAAAGACAGAUCCAAUUGAAAAGGCCAACCGAAAAGACGAUCAAGAAUUUCUGAGUACCUACAUUCAAUUGACUGGAGGACACGCGCGUUGGACCAGCACAUGGCGCCACGCAAAAACGGGGGAUGAGUAUGGCUUGGUCCUCGUGCGGGCCGAGGCCAUGACCGAAUCGGAUCUGACCUCGUGCCUCGACAUGAUCGACUUCACCAGCGGACAGGACUACCGCAACUCGAGCAUGGGCUGGGACCGAGACGCCAAGCUCGCCGAGAUGAGGUCGCCGGGCCUGCGGUAUAUCCUGGUCAGGGACGGCGAGGGUGCCAUCGCGGCGUUUACGUCCUUCAUGCCAACGUACGAGGAGGCCCAACCCGUCGUAUACUGCUAUGAGAUUCACCUGCUCGACCGGGUCCGCAAGAGCGGCCUCGGAACGUUGCUGAUGGGCUACCUUUGCAACAUCGCAGCUGCACUCCCGCCCAUCACCAAGGUGAUGCUUACCUGCUUCACCUCCAACAAGGCCGCGAGGGCAUUUUACGAGCAGAUGGGCUUUGUCACUGACGACAUAUCGCCGCGUCCGAGGGUGCUCCGGGGCGGCAGGGAGACGAGGGCUCCCGACUAUCUGAUACUCAGCAAGGUCGUGGCCCGAUUGACGUGUGGCUGA